AUGAUGCAGUCAGGAAACAUUUCCUUCUCUAGCCUCUCCGGGAAACACACAGUCUACAGAGACACACUCAUGAGUGUCUAGGAGACACUCCCAGGCUCUAUGUCUGUUUACAGCCACCAGACCUACACUUCCAGCUGCCAGAUGAAUCAGACCAUGCACACCUCACACAGCUCUCAUCCCAGAUGUGACCCUCUGCCUGAGGUCACAGUGGGUCAGGGUCACCUAGGAUCGUCCUCAGAACACACACAGGAUCGAACAUCCCUCAAACAUGUGACCUACAGCAAGAACUCCUCUCAGAUCUGUCCAUCUGCGGGCCACAGAGACUGGCUCUGCCCUGUAUGUCUACAAACUGCCAGCUUCCCCGUAAAGACCAACUGUGGCCAUCUCUUCUGUGCUCCCUGUCUGAUCUCCUACUGGAGACAUGGGUCCUGGCUGGACGCCAUAAACUGCCCUCUGUGUAGACAAAAGGUCAAGGUCCUGUGUCGUCUGUUCAGUAAGGGUUGGUCAGACAGUAAAGAGAGGGAGGUUCUGGGAGAAAUCACAGACUACAACAAACGCUACUCAGGAGCCCCUCGAAAGGUGACAGACUACCUGUGUGACACACCCCUGUUCCUGCAGCUGCUAAUCCGCCGCCUGGGCACCAUGGGGGGGCUAGUGUUCCUCUUCUUCCUCCGGGUGGCACUUUGCUGCCUAGGGACUGUGGUGUCCCUCGCCUCACCCCCCCUGGACACUCCACCCUCCCUGUCUGACCUCCUGGGGGUCCUGGAUGACCUGGUGGUGGUCUUCCUGCUGCUCAUCUGUGUUAUCAAUAUCAACCAGCAGAUGGCACCAGAUAGUGGGAACUCCUCAGCUCACACAGGGGGUAGGCCUGUUCAGUAACUCUCUGUAGAGCGAGCAGCAGAAAUGAUGGCCCGCAGUGAUUUAGCUUUCAUUUCGACAGGAGAUCUCGAGGUGACUAACCUCUUUUUUGAUAGACCUAGCAAGAAGUCAGCAGUGUAUGUCUGCUGGUUUACAUCCUGGGGUUAUUAGCAGGUGUAUUCACUAGGAACCAAACAGUGAGGGAUCUAACUGAAUUUGUCAAAGAAACUCAUUUUGGUUGUAAAACAUUUUGGACUAAUGAUUACACCCCAGGUGUUGGACUCACUGUUACCACAAGCAGAGGUUUGAGGUUUACAGUCUAAUAGUAAGUCUAACCAGGGGCUCAGUUUUUGCAUGGCUGAAUGCAUGAAGUGUCACACCUAGCCUUCUUUCCUUCAUGACCACUGAUCUGAUGAAAGCAACAUGGUGGAACCUACACAAAUAGUCUCUCUUCCUCCAGUGGGUAUGUUUAAUGGAAUGUGUUGAAUGUUUUUUAUGUAGCAUUUUGGAGGUUCAUUGUCUGAUAUUUUCAGAUUUUUGUGUGUGUCGUGUUUCUUUCUACAGUACCCGUUGCUAGUGUUUCAACAUAUAGGGAACUUUCAAUAAAUUCCCUGGUUUUCCCAGAAUCUCAGUUGGGGGGGGGGUUCCUGGAAUCAGGAGGGAAUAAGCAGGAAAUCCAGAAUCCCCAAACAGAAUUUGUAGGAAAAAACAGGGAAUUUAUUUAAAGUUCCUGGAAAUGUCCAACCCCCUAGCCUUUAUUUUGGUGUCCGUGUUACUGUUGUCAAUCCCUUCAGUGGUUCAAUAAAACCUGGGUCUGUUCAUGGGGGGUGCAAACAUAAUACACAGAUUAAAUGUAGACCUAUUAUAUUGUACCCUGCUGUUUCUCAGUGAAACUGUAAAUACUUGAUGUGAAUACUUGUAAAAUGCUAUAAAUGGUGUAUUUAUUGUUCUGAAA